GAUACGGAGUUGGAAGUACACACCGUCACGGUGAUAAACAAAGGAUCCUUUCAGCAGAGAUUAUGCCGACAAAGAAAUCAAAGAUGAAGAGCUCAUCUACCAUGAUAAUUCUGAUCCUGCUUCUGUGUGCUAUCGCUGCACAGGGUAUUCCGAUAACAGAAAUUGAAGGACGUUGUCAAUGCAUCAAGUCUACUAAGAAAUUUAUUAAUCCAACUUACGUGCAGAGUGUGAAAUACAUUCCCAGAGGAUUUAACUGUGCGACACCGGAGAUAAUUGUAAAGCUGAAAAGUAGGAAAAAGAUCUGUGUGGAUCCCAAAGCCAAGUGGUUGAAGAUCAUCUUUAAAGGGAAAGGUGCCAGAUGACAGAACUACAAAGUCAUGGAUUGAACUCAUUCCACUUUUGGAUCACCCUAACAGUCACAAAUAAUUCAAUGAAAAAAGCUUUGGGCUGUGUGCUUUUGAGAUCUUGUUCUACCCUUUCCUCAUUUGCUUUUAAUGCUUCAACCUAUCAAGGCGUGAUGCUGAUACUAAAACAAAGCUUGCUUCAAGCAAUAUGAUUUUAAUAUAAAUUAACCAAUUAAAAUGCAUUUUAUAUAAACUUCUGGCAACAGCUGCAAUAUUUUCCAUGGUAUAUUGCAUACGUAUUUUAUCAUGCUUGCAGUUGGGAUGGGUACUGAACUCUCUCUUGUUAGUGACGUUCAGACACCAGAAAUUGAUCAAUAAACAAA